GCCGGGCGGCCUGGCAGGGCUGGCUGGGGUGGGAGUGUGGGCUGUUACACGAGACCCAGAGUCUACAUCUCUAGUCCUCAGACCUGGGGAGCUGCCGUCCCACCCAUCACCGUGGAGAGCUGUGACACCAUGCAUGGGGGCCAGGGGAAGCUGUUCCUCCUGCCACUGCUGGCUCUCUGCCUGGGAGCCCAGGGCCGGAACCAGGAGGAGCGUCUGCUGGCCGACCUGAUGCGCAGCUACGACCCCCACCUGCGGCCUGCCGAGCGGGACACAGACGUGGUCAACGUCAGCCUGAAGCUCACCCUCACCAACCUCAUCUCCCUGAAUGAGCGAGAGGAGGCCCUCACCACCAAUGUUUGGAUAGAGAUGCAGUGGUGUGACUAUCGCCUUCGCUGGGACCCACAGGACUACGCAGGCCUGUGGGUGCUGAGGGUGCCGUCCACCAUGGUGUGGCGGCCGGACAUCGUGCUAGAGAACAAUGUGGACGGCGUGUUCGAGGUGGCCCUCUACUGCAACGUGCUCGUGUCUCCCGACGGCUGCGUCUAUUGGCUGCCACCUGCCAUCUUCCGCUCCUCCUGCCCCAUCUCUGUCACCUACUUCCCCUUCGACUGGCAGAACUGCUCCCUUAUCUUCCAGUCCCAGACCUACAGCACCAACGAGAUCAAUUUGCAGCUGAGCCAGGAAGAUGGUCAGACCAUUCAGUGGAUUUUUAUUGACCCUGAGGCCUUCACAGAGAACGGGGAGUGGGCCAUCCGGCACCGGCCGGCCAAGAUGCUGCUGGACGCUGCGGCCCCGGCGGAGGAGGCGGGCCACCAGAAGGUGGUCUUCUACCUGCUCAUCCAGCGCAAGCCCCUCUUCUACGUCAUCAACAUCAUCGCGCCCUGUGUGCUCAUCUCCUCCGUUGCCAUUCUCAUCUACUUCCUUCCUGCCAAGGCGGGUGGCCAGAAGUGUACCGUGGCCAUCAAUGUGCUCCUGGCCCAGACUGUCUUCCUCUUCCUUGUGGCUAAGAAGGUGCCCGAGACCUCCCAGGCAGUGCCACUCAUCAGCAAGUACCUGAGUUUCCUCCUGGUGGUGACCAUCCUCAUUGUCGUGAAUGCUGUGGUGGUGCUCAACGUGUCCUUGCGGUCCCCCCACACACACUCCAUGGCCUGCAGGGUUCGCAAGGUGUUCCUGCGACUCUUGCCCCAGCUGCUGCGGAUGCACGUGCGCCCCCUGGCCCCAGCGGCCAUGCAGGAUGCCCAGCCCAGGCUGCAGAAUGGCUCCUCUGCCGGGUGGUCGAUCUCAGGUGGGGAGGAGGCAGCCCUCUGCCUGCCUCGCAGUGAACUUCUUUUCCGGCAGUGGCAGCGCAAUGGACUGGUGAGGGCAGCGCUGGAGAAACUAGAGAAAGGCCCAGAGCCAGGGCAGAGCCAGGAGCUGUGCAGCAGCCUGAAACAGGCUGCCCCAGCCAUCCAAGCCUGUGUGGAAGCCUGCAACUUCAUUGCCCAUGCCCGACACGAGCGGAGCCACUAUGACAGUGGGAAGGAGGAGUGGUUCCUAGUGGGCCGUGUGCUGGACCGUGUCUGCUUUCUCGCCACGCUCUCACUCUUUGUCUGUGGCACUGCUGGCAUCUUCCUCAUGGCGCACUACAACCAAGUGCCCGCCCUGCCAUUCCCUGGAGACCCUUGCCCCUACCUACCCUCACCUGACUGAACCAACCAAUUGCUGUUAGCCAUUUGGAGUCUCAUCAGCUGUGAUCUUCUGCUAAGGUCAUGAGUGUGCUCUUUGGGAAGCACCCUUCAGGGUCAUGGAACCCAAACCGCUCUGAGAAGAGCUGGAGAAAUAAAGAAACAGAGCUGGAGUCCUGGAGUGGUUGGGGAUGGGCUGUGGGCAGAGUGUGCUGUGGGGUCAGCAUCCAGGUGACAGUGGCCCUCUUAUUCUGGACUCCACUUACUUCAGCAAAGCAUUAUCAACUCCCAUAAUUUUUGAAGCCCUAACAACUCCGGUUUUGCAUAAUGCCCCCAACGAGGUAAGGCCCUAUCCUUCUAGGCCUGGGCCUCCCUUCCUUUUGAUGAGCUCCCUGCAGGUUCCUGAAAGAAGUCAAGAGAAAUGUGAAGAGUAGCAGCCAAUGCUUUCUCAAAAUUAGAUGGCACCCCACUCCAGCUGCCAUCUCCCUCCCUUGCCUACUGCACCCAGUACUCACCUGCACCAGUGAUCUUUCUACUCAUAUGCAUUUUUUUUGCCAUCGAUCACAACAUAUUUCAUGAGUUUUAUUAUCU